AGGCGACGAACGACGAGGCAUGGGGUGCGAGUUCGACGUUGAUGCAAGAGAUUGCACAAGGAACCUUCAAUUUUCAAAACUUUAACGAGAUCAUGCCCGCCAUUUACGCUCGUUUCAUGGAGAAGGAGGCACGCCAGUGGCGACAGAUCUAUAAGGCGCUGCAACUCCUCGAAUACCUGGUGAAGAAUGGCAGCGAGCGUGUGGUCGAUGAUGCCCGGUCCCAUAUUGCCACCGUCAAAAUGCUCCGAAAUUUCUAUUACAUUGAUGAUAAGGGAAAGGACCAGGGUCUGAAUGUCCGGAAUAGGUCGAAGGAACUUGUGGAGUUAUUGGGUGAUGUGGACAAGAUUCGCGUCGAACGAAGGAAGGCCAAGAUGAACAAGAACAAGUACACUGGCGUCGGAAAUGACGCUAUGAGCUUCUCGUCAGGUGGCCGGUACGGUGGCUUUGGCAGUGAGAAUCUUUAUGGAGGCGGAGGUUCUGGUGGUGGCAGCGGAGACUAUGGAGGUAAUUAUUCGGGAUCAAGCUCUAGUGCAGGGGGCUUCCGGGAUGAUGUUGGGAGAAGAGGCUUCCAGGAGUACGAUGCAGGCGACGACGAGGAGUUGCCACGGCGGUCGAACUCUGUCUCAUCCAGGCCGGCUGCUCAGCGAAGGGGCUCCGCCGCACAGACAUCCGCGGCUACCCCCGCUCCUCCCAAGGCUCCUCAGCCAGCCCCAGUAGUCGAUCUACUUGGCAUGGACGACGAUUUCGCUAGCCCGCCAAGUGCAUCGGGUACGGACAAAGCGCUGCCAUCUGUCAAUCAGUCAGCAGUAACAACGGAUGCGCUUGAUGAUGACUUCGACGAUUUUCAGACGGCGCCCACGACGGCACCCGUACCCACACCUGCUGUUUCUGCGGCACCGAUGACCGCCGUCGUCCAACCACAACAAAUGGCCGCUCCUCUCUUCGCGCAGCAAGCACCACUCCAGUCGAUGACGCCUCCGGUGCAAACCAUGAGUCCCGUGCAAGGCAUGCGCCCGGGCAUGCAACCGAUGGGGUCUGUGCCUCAGAUGAACAUGAACAGGAUGAGCAUGGGUAGCACCGGGUUCGCCGGCAUGACAGCCUCCCCCGCCACGACGACGCCCUCAUGGACACCAUAUGUAUCACCCACCACGGCACCGAUGCAGGCGUCCAUCUUCCCGUCGCAACCUGCCCGGGCCAAUUCCAUGUCACCGCCCAUGACAAGCGGGACGCCGAAGCCUGCCGCUAGCGCCAACUUCGAGGACUUGUGGUCGAUGUCCCUUGGAUCGCCUUCGGCAAGUAAGCCAGGGACGCCGGCUGCUGGGGCGAAGUCGAUCAAGGACUUGGAGAAGGAGAAGGCGCAGGCUGGUAUCUGGGGAACUGGCAAUGCAAGACCUGCAUCUGGUGCUGGUGCGUUUGCCGGUGCUUCGAGCGCAUCAACGCCUGCGACGCAGACCUCACAAGCAGGUAACGGGCUCGACGACCUGCUUUUCUAAAUGGUUCGUUGCGGUAUUUGUUACCAGUGUCACGUGGGAUAUAGUUAUCUAGAAAAUCGUCACUGCGCACAAUUAGGGGGUCUUCGUUUCUUUCUCUUUCCACUGUCACUCGCAUCGGCAUGCAGCCUGUUUUUACGACGAUAUCUUGCCGAACGGUCCACAGGUGAUUGCGCCGUGUCAGACAAGUUACACGAUUGGACCUCAUCAAGCGCACGUUUUGUUGCCUGCUAAGUAUCAGCCUGCUAUUGAGCAGAUCUGGCAGACACCCAUUUAUAAAGUCCCGAGCCGACCAGCUUCGCCGAGGAAAGGUUCACCACCGCGUUCCCAGGAGAUG